AUGAAAUAUAUCCCUACAAUCGAUGCGAUACUCAAGGUAUCAGAGUAUCAUGAAGUGACAGUGAAAAAGAUAAGGAGAGCUUUAGAGGCAUUACUUGGGCAGGAGUUAUCUGAACAUAAGAAAGAUAUUAAUAAAGUGAUAUUAGAUAGAUAUCACAAGUUAAACGACGAGGCAGAGGCAGAGGCAGAGGCAGAGGCAGAAGAAGGGGCAGAAGAAGGGGCAGAAGAAGGGGAUGAACAAGAAGGAAUGAGAAAGAAAAUAGAAGCAUUGGAGAAAGAGAACCGUAUCUUAAGUUCACAAUUGAAUCAGUCGUUACACUCACAUACUAUUAAGAUGGCAGCUGCUAACAGAAGAGGGAUGCAAGCAGCACCUUCCAGAAGGCCACCAAAGGGAGUUGUUAAGCGUACAAGAAAGAAGAAGAGGAGUCAUGGAGAUAGUGGCGAUAUUAAAGAGAAUAGUCUUACUAAGAAGUUGAAGAUAAGUUCUGAGUUGGCAGGACUGUUCGGCAGUGAUGAAGAAAUAUCAAGAGCUGGGGCUGUUAAGAAGGUCUGGGCCUAUAUUAAAGAGCAUGAUCUACAGAAUCCUGAAGACAGAAGAGAAAUCAUAUGUGAUGAUAAGAUGAAGAAAUUGUUUGGGGAUAAGAUAAGUAUGUUCACUAUGACCAAGAUAUUAUCCAAGCAUUUUAUAGUGGACCCUGAAAAGACUUGA